AUGCGACAUGCUGAUGAUGAACAUAUGAUGGUUCAUAAUUAUAUAAAUAAUGACGAUGAUGAUGAUGAUCAAACAAAUCAAAUAAAACAAGAUGAAUUAAAAAUAGAAUUAGAUUUUAUCGAACAAUUACUACGAAAAACAAAAUAUCAACUAUAUAAACGACUUAAACAUUUACAAAGACAUCGAGCAAUUAAAGUUUUAUUUCAUUGA